AUGGACUUUGGUUUAAUUAAAUGUGUCAGAGGUCAGAACGACACAGAGCCGGUGGUUUUGGAGGGAAAGUGCCUGGUGGUGUGCGACUCCUCCCCCUCAGCAGAGCCGGCAGGGGGCGCUCUGGGCCUGUCCGUCAGGUCAGGCGGUGCCAGGGUGGCCUUCUCCGCCGUGAGAAGCACCAACCACGAACCCUCUGAGAUGAGCAACCACACCAUGACCAUCUACUUCGAUCAGAUUCUGGUUAACGUCGGCGGUCAUUUUGACCCCGCCAGGAGCGUUUUUGUAGCGCCUCGAAAGGGAGUGUACAGCUUCAGUUUCCACGUGGUCAAAGUCUACAACAGGCAGAUCAUCCACGUGAGUCUGCAGGUGAACAGCUGGCCCGUGCUCUCAGCCUUCGCGGGGGACCAGGAUGUGACCCGAGAGGCCGCCACAAACUCCGGUCUGGUCGUCAUGGAGACCGGGGACAGGGUCAACCUCAGACUGGAGCGAGGACACCUGCAGGGCGGAUGGAAGUACUCCACCUUCUCCGGCUUCAUGGUCUUUCCCCUGUAG